GGGACUUGGACGAGGCCGGGCGGAAGCGAGGACCGCUGCGGGGACUGAGCUUUCUCCUCCGCCCCGCCCCCCCGGGACCACCUCCCCUCCCCCCUGCGGCCCGACGGCCGCCGUCAGCCCGGUGUCCGUUAGCGAGGCGUCCUCGGGCGGUUCCUGCAGGCCUCUUUGCUCCCGGACUGCCGGGAGACCAUCUCCCUAUCAUUGCAGCCGCCGCCGCAGGCCCUGUGUCGGCGGGAAGGCCGGGUGGAAUCCCGCCACUUUCCCGCCGGAGCAAGAGAGGGUCUCCCUCUCUCAAAGGGAGAGCUGUUUUCAUCGGGAAGUUCACCUUUCCAUCACACCUGCUUCAACCUCUCGUCUCUCCUUGAGACCUCUGUGAUAGUUCUCGACUACUUCUGCGUCUCACGUAAACAGGUCUCCAACUCUUUACUGUGUGUGCUAUCUCCCCGAGAUGUGAUCCUAUUGCUUGUGCCAACCACCAGAAAGAGACGUCGGGACCCUCCCUCUUGCCCGGGUUAUGAAAUCUCCCUUAACAGCCACAGUUUGCUUACCUGGCUCAUCGCCUCCUGGACUUUGUAUCUUUGCUAAAGUCAGUGAUGUGAAAAGACCUGACAUGGAUGAUAUUGCUGACAGGGUGAGGAUGGAUUCUGGAGAAGUAACUUUAGUGAACCACAACUCUAGCUUCAAAACCCACCUCCGGCCACAAUCAGGUUUUCCAGAGGACCAGCUUUCAUUUUCUGACCAGCAGAUUUUACCUUCCAGGCAAGAAAAUUUGGACCGAUCUUUUACGUGUUCUACAAGAAGUGCAGCUUAUACUCCCAAUUAUUACUCAGGAUUCUUUGUCAACAAGAUGAGAUCUCCUCCCCUAAAAAGAUAUAACCCUUCCUCAGACAAUUUUCUUGGCGCAGAUGACUUAAGAACCUUUGGUCAGAGUGCAAAUGGUCAGUGGAGAAAUUCUACUCCAGCAUCAAGCUCAACUUUACAGAAAUCAAGAAACAGCAGAAGUCUUUACCUCGAAACUCGAAAGACCUCAAGUGGAUUAUCAAACACUUUUACGGGAAAGUCAAACCAUCACUGCCAUGUAUCUGCGUAUGAAAAAUCUUUUCCUAUUAAGCCUGUGUCAAGUCCAUCUUGGAGUGGUUCCUGUCGUCGAAGUCUUUUAAGCCCUAAGAAAACUCAGAGACGACAUAUAAGUACAGCAGAAGAGACAGUUCAAGAAGAAGAAAGAGAGAUCUACAGACAGCUUCUACAGAUGGUAACAGGGAAACAGUUCUCCGUAGCUAAACCUACCACACAUUUUCCUUUACACCUGUCUCGAUGUCUUAGUUCCAGUAAGAAUACAUUGAAAGAAUCACUGUUUAAAAAUGGAAAUUCUUGUGCAUCUUAUAUCAUUGGCUCUGAUACUUCAUCAUCUGGAUCUGCCAGCAUUUUAACUCCCCAAGAACAGCUGUCCCACAGUGUAUAUUCCCUAUCGUCAUAUACCCCAGAUGUUGCAUUUAAAUCCAAAGAUUCUGAUCCUGGCCAUCAACCUCCUGGUGAUCAACCCUCGAUUCUGCAUCAGUCAGAUAACUUACCAGCAUCAAAUACACAAUCUGAAGGGUCAGACUCCGUGAUUUUACUCAAAGUGAAAGACUCACAGACUCUAAUUCCCAGUCCUACCUUGUUCCAGGCAGAGCUGUGGAUCAAAGAACUAACUAGUGUUUAUGAUUCUCGAGCACGGGAAAGAUUUCGCCAGAUUGAAGAGCAGAAAGCACUAGCCUUACAGCUGCAAAACCAGAGAUUACAGGAACUAGAACAUUCAGUACAUGAUUCAAUAGAACUGCAUCUUCGUGUACCUCUUGAAAAGGAGAUCCCUGUUACAAUCGCACAAGAAACAGAAAAAAAAAGUCAUAAAUUAACUGAUAGUGAAGAUGAUUUUCCUGAAAUUACAGAGGAAAUGGAGAAAGAAAUAAAGAGUGUGUUUCGUAAUGGGAACCAAGAUGAAGUUCUCAGUGAAGCAUUCCGUUUGACCAUUACACGCAAAGAUAUUCAAACUCUAAAUCAUUUGAAUUGGCUCAAUGAUGAGAUCAUCAAUUUCUAUAUGAACAUGCUAAUGGAACGAAGUAAAGAGAAGGGAUUGCCAAGUGUGCAUGCAUUUAACACAUUUUUCUUCACUAAGUUAAAAACAGCUGGUUAUCAGGCAGUGAAACGUUGGACAAAGAAAGUGGAUGUAUUUUCUGUUGACAUUCUUCUAGUGCCCAUUCACUUGGGUGUGCACUGGUGUCUAGCUGUUGUGGACUUUAGAAAGAAGAGCAUUACCUAUUAUGAUUCUAUGGGUGGAAUAAACAAUGAAGCCUGCAAGAUUCUCUUGCAAUAUUUAAAACAAGAAAGUAUUGACAAGAAGAGAAAAGAGUUUGACACCAAUGGCUGGCAGCUCUUCAGCAAGAAAAGCCAGGAAAUUCCCCAGCAGAUGAAUGGAAGUGACUGUGGAAUGUUCGCCUGCAAAUAUGCCGACUGUAUUACCAAAGACAGACCAAUCAACUUCACACAGCAACACAUGCCAUACUUCCGGAAGCGGAUGGUCUGGGAGAUCCUGCACCGAAAGCUCUUGUGAAGACUGUCUCAGUGAGCAGACAUUGACUUGAUGGGGGACCAGCCCUUUGUUGUCUACAGCCAGAGACCUUGGAAACAGCUGCUCCCAACCCUCUGUUCUUGAAAAGCCCAUGAUCCUGGACCAGGCCCAGGCGAGAUGCAUUCACAAGCACAUCUGCCUUUCCUUUUGUAUCUCAGAUACUAUUUUUGCAAAGAAACUUUGGUGCUGUGAAAGGGUUGAGGGACAUCCCUAAGCUGAAGAGAGAGACAGCUUUUUACUUCUUCAGUUCUGCCAUCUUGUUUUCAAAGGGCUCCAGCCUCACUGAGUCCCUAAUUGGGGGACAGAAAAGCUUGGAACAAAUCUUGGUUUCAUAUCAACACUAGUUGCUAGGCCUUACUAAGAAGUAGGAAAAGGUGUGAACAACAGUUAGGGACAAAAACCUACCAGCAUAUUCAUACACGUAUACAUUCAUGGUGAUCAACACGUGCAGUCAGGAGUGUGACAGUAAACUGGACUUUGGGGCACAUGUGUGAGUCCCUUCCUCUAGGACCUUUCUUAUUUAUAUGCCCCUUUGUAAAACCUGCUUUUUUUUAUAAGGUCUUUUUAUCAUGGUUAGCUUCAGCCCAUCUUGAGGUGUAGCACAGGAGCCCUGGACAGACCCCAGAGUAGCAAGCAGUCCCUUCCUUAAGUGUGGGAGUUAGUGUAUGCUCACAGCCUGCCACAGGGAAGACCCACCCAGGGAGUAGUCAGCAUCAGCAAAGCAACAAAACUCCACUUUUACUGUUGCCUACUUCUGACCAAGAAGAAGGGCCUCAGUAUUGAGUAUAAAAUUUCAACAUUGGCUGAAUGCAGGUCUAGUUGGUUUGUGGCUAGUUUAAAAUACGUUUCUAACCACAGAAAAUCUAAGAUAUAGAUAUAUAUAUAUAUUUCACAGGGAUAUGGUUUUAAAAAAACUGAAUGUGUUCACCAUUUAGCCUGUACAUUUAUUUUUCAUUUUUCCAAAUUCUAGCAUAGAGGUCCCAGCCCUAUGUGUAGGGUGUUUGUGGAAUUCCUAACAGAAUAUUUUGAGGCCUGGAUAAGCUUUGGUUUAGGGGUAAAAGUUAUCAAGGGAGAUGCAAAUUUCAGCUGAAAAACAGUUGGAGUUGGGACUGAUCAACUUGAGAUUUAAAACUGCAGUUCCCUUUGUUCUUCUACCAUCUCUCCCACCCUCUGAGAGCUCCUAAGGUUUAGAUAGUGAAAUGAUCCAAUGCCAGUGUCAUUUUGUACUUAAGUUCCAAAAUAGGAACAUUUUAUACUUUUUUCUGUAUUGUAAUGGGUAGUUUUGUAUGAAUCUUUUCUCCUCUCGCCUUGUUACCCCAUCCUUUUCAGCAUUGUGCUUUCUCCUUGGGCUUAUUUGAAAAUUCUACUCUGUUUUAUACCAAGCUUGUUUAGUACAUUUUUCUAUGUUUUACCACAAGUUACAAUUUGAAAAGAAAACUAUUUUUUUUAACUA